AACUAAUAACACACAGAAAAAAAAAGAGCCUGCCCACGACACCCUACGACCACGUACCGCUCGUCCUCCCACCUUCCCCGAUUCCCAACCAGCCUGGAUCCCAUCGUCGGUGACCUCCGCCGUCGCGCGCCUGGCUUAUACUCCUUCCACUCCUUGCCCGUGUCCGGCGCCCGCCGCCGACCGUCCCAUGGCGCCGCUACCGUGGCCACCCUCUUCUCCUCCCGCCCCACCGCGUGAUGACGCCCUGGCCACUCCUUGCCGUCUCAAUGAGUAGCCAUCAUUCCCCAGGACGGUUCCGACACCCAGCGCCAUCGCCGGCCGUGGAUCCCGCUGGCCAUGGAUCUUGGGCGCCGCCGCAAGCUCUGAUCCCGCCGGCCGCCGUCGGGAUCCCCGACUGAAGAUGAGUAACCCCGCUGCCCCCUCACGGAGCCUCCUCCCUGUGGGGACCCACGCCACCAGGCCUCCUGCCGCCGGCCCCCAUGGCCCAACACGCUUCCCGCCGCGGCUCCCCGCCGCGCCUCCGGCCGCCCGCCACCUGUUCCAACGCGCCUUCCGGUGCCCUCCCAUGCCCGACGACCCUCCAGCGGCCGGACCUCCACACUAGCCCCCUGCGAGAAGUUCGCAUUGGAUCCCGCCUCUCCUCUCGUGCGUCGCUAGUAGGCCGGCAUCCUUGCACGACACCGCUGUCGAAGACUAAUCCUGGCAGCAGCAGCCAGCGCUCUCUGUGGCACCGCGGAGCCGUUUGCCUGGCGGGUCGAGAAGGUCGUCAAGGGACCGUUCGAGGUCGCCGGCCACAAGGAUUGACGAAGUACGAGACGGAGGUAGCAGGGACAGGAAGCACGACUAAAAAUGAGAGUGAUGAUGAAAUACGGUGUACGCUGCACCUUGGUUUCUAUUUCUACUGGAGGCUAGAGAUAAGCACAUUUGUCUAUUUAUCAGAGGGGAUUUGCCUAACAUUUCCUAGGUUUGGUAGUGUUGUGUCCCGUGUCAUCCAUGUACAGUCAAGGCAUAGUUUAUGUUUUUACGGUUUCUUGUUACUGAAACAUAUGUAAUGGCACCCAUUCUUGUUACUGAAACGUACGUAAUGGUACCCAGAAA